AUGGACAAGUCAACCGUACAAUACUCAACAUCUAUUAAGUACCUCGGAGUGACGAUCACGAACACUCUGUCAUGGGAGAAGCAGGUCACCAUCAUGACGAACAAGAUUCACUCGAUACUGUAUCAGUUAAAGCUUUGCAAGCAUUUGUUACCGGAAGUUCUUAGAUCCAAGCUUGUAACCAUGUUAAUCUACCCACACGUUGACUAUUGCUGUGCAGCUUACACGGACAUGACAACUAAGCAUAACCUAAAACUCCAUAGAGCCAUAAACUCCUGUAUCAGAUUUAUUUUUAACGUGAAGGCAGACAUGCAUAUUACGCCCUACUACGAGAGACUCAGGUGGCUCAGGAUUAAUUCUAGGAGAACUUACUUUGUUGGAUGCCUACUAUUCAGGAUACUUCGAACAGGACAACCUGGCCGUUUGCACUCCAAUUUUAAUCAAAUUAACAUCAGACCGAACAAUGAGGGCUUUGAAUGA